AUGGCAGAAUCUGGUUCCAAGCACGUUGGGUUUGCCGAGCCUCCUAAGGAGCUCGAGGAGCACCAUGAUGCAUUGCGCAAGAAAGAAGAGGAAAAACUCGAGUAUAAUCCGUUCCACAAGAUCCCCCCGGAAUUGCUGUAUCUCCACAAAAAACCGGCCGGUCCCAAACCGCUUCCUCAAGAACCGGUCAAACCGGUGCGAACUCAGAAGAGCAAUGAGAUCUUGGGAGAUCUUCGUAUGAUGGCCAUCAAGGACAUUUCUGUCCAAAACAAGCAAACAGAAGUCAACUUCAGCUAUCCGGAAAUCGAUUUGAAACUUGUGCCUCUGGCAAUUUUGGUCAAUGUCAAAUAUUCGUCACUCAAUGGUUUUGAUCUUUCCAAGGUGAACACCUAUGCUUGGAAUUUCAGUGAUACCAGAGUCGGUUUGGGCUACGAGUACGUGGGUGUGGUGAGCCGGGUGGGGAGUCUGGUUCAAGAUUUUUCCCCAGGAGACAAAGUUUUUGGUUGCACAUGUCCUACUGCUCGGCAUGGUGCGCUAUCUUCGAGUGUGAUUUUGAUGCCGGGAAGAGACAUUAUUCUUCCUGUUGAUGAGGAAUUGGAGCAGAAGUUGCAGACGGUGGAUGCGGAGCUUGUUUUGGACUUGGAUCCCAAAUUUGCUGUGAAAGACGAAGAAGAAGACGACUCUGAAGAAAAUGAAGAAUCACCCCAAAUUUCCAAUUGGCCAGCUUUGUCGAAAUUGUGUGCUUUUCCCGUCCAGUACUGUAGGAGCAAGCAGGCGCUUCAACACUUGAAACCGCUGACCCGGUCCAAUAUCUUGAUAAAUGGAGCCGAUACUCUUCUUGGAGUGACACUUUUGCAGGUAUUGUGCUCGUCGCUCUACUCGGGAGAUAUCACUGUGAUCUUGGUUAUAAGAGAGUCCAGCUCUCAGUACAUGACGGAGCUCGUCAACAAGCUCACCAAGGACCCCACCAAGGCCAGGCGGUUCUACUUGAUACCUUUUGACAUGAAAAAUGACGACCUAGUUCUCGCCGGUGAGAAGACUCCGAUCAACUACAAGAAACCAGAGUUUUUCGCUACCGAAGUUUUGAACGCUCUUUUCGGCUCCGCAAACGCCAACCAAAUCACCAAGGCCAACGUCAACGAGUACAAAUUGGAUCUUGUGGUGGAUAUUAUUGGAAGCAAGCGGUUCUUGCAGAAACAAGGUAUACGGUACGAUCGCAUCCAGACACUAAAUAUUCCUUUUGUAUCCAAGUUGGGUGAACCGCUCACCGAUGUGUUGAACGCCGGGACCAAGGAACCGUUUUUGGUCAAGAUUAUGAAGCCAAAAGCUCACAAUUCCAGCUUUGUUUCGUUCUGCAAUUACGCUCUCGAUCCUCCAUCUUACAGCAUCGACAAGCAGCUUCCCGGCACCCAGCUGCUGGGGUUGUGGUCGAUGAAAUGGCUGCAGAGCCUUGCCAACUCGCUUCUUAGCACGUUCAACUACUACGAAGAACAUGGCCUCGAAGUCAAGCGCCAAUGGCUUGAGGAAGGAUUGCAAUUGAUGGUUGAUGGAGAGGUGAAAUUUCGCGCCGAAUACAUGGAUUGGCGGCAAUUCCGCAAACAUAUCGCUUCGCUUCGCCGCGACGACGGCAUGUUUUUGUUUCAAGUUGAGGAUUUUUAG